AUGGGGUUUCUGGCCCCUUUUACUCAGAAAAGGAGAACAACAUCAAAUAUAUUUAAAAAAAUACCACUUAAGAGAGAUCUGAUGCCUUCUGAUGUAUGGCAAAAUUUUGAAGUUGAAGAAGAUGGUGUGCUUGUGGAAGAGGGUAGCCAAAAUGAAGAAUCCACUAAGGUAUUUCCUGCCUCUCAAACUGUGUCUCAAUCAUCUACUGCCAUGGAUAACCAACCCACUAUUGUUUCUCCUCAUUCCAGCACUAACCAAUCUAAGACUAGCACUCCUUGUGCCAGCAAAAAACAAUCUAUCACUGACACUCCUCGUACCAGCACAUCUCAAGCAGGAACUCUACGCCAAGAGCGCAAUGCAACAAAAAAGAAAAAGAAUGAUGAUUCUGUGAACAAUCUCAUUGCACAAUGUAGUAGCAUUGGGCAAAAACUUGAAUUCAUAAUAACAACACCAAUAGAGGCUCAUCAGCGUGGGAUCAAGACCACCAGGAAUCAAUUUGAGGCAUAUUUGAAUGAAUUGAGAGUAAAUAAGCCUUUCCGCGAAAAUAAAUUCGAAGGAUCAGAUCCUGACAUCUUGAGAAGAACAUGGGACCAAUUAGCUGCCAAAUUAAAUGCUCUAGGUGGACCCUGCAAGGAUGUGUCUGGGUGGAAACGGGUGUUUACUGACUGGAAAAGUCAAGCAAGAGGAAAGGCAAGAAAGCUGAAGCUUUUCCAAGCUCAGACAGGAAAUGUAGGAGUUCCUCCCAAACCACUGACAGAUCUCGAAGAACAACUGUUAGAUCUCACUGGACGGGUAGUAGUUACUGGAAUGGAUAUCCCAGAAAUAGGAAUUGAUGGUCCAAUACAACCUGAUGUCCAUCAGGAAUUGAACAAAGAUGAUGAUAAUAUUUGUGAAGAGGACAUUGUAAUGAAAUACAAUGAUGUUGAGGCCAGUCAGGCAUCUACAUCACAAAAGAAAAUAAGGCCCGCAAAAAGAAAAACAAGCCUACUUGGUUGCCUAAAAAAAUUUGGCAAACCAGUCGUCCAUAGAUGA